GGAUGCAUUCGAGGACAUCACUUCACCAAGCUCAGGCUCCCUGCGAAAAUGCUCCCGGUUCUUGCUCUUUUGCUGCCGCUCGUGGGCUUCGUGGCUGGCUUCGCGCCCCUGCAACGCAACAUCGCCUACCGCUCACCCACACUGACGACCAGUAGCCUGGCGCAUGACAUUGAUCAUAUAGGCGCAAAAAUAGUGAAGAGAUCGACGCUCGGACGGCGUUCUCUUGAGAGCGCACGAGGCGGGCAUGCUGCCGAUCAGCUUGUCAUCGACUACGACUCGGCCAAGGGCAUCGAUGGACAGGACAGCUACCACGGCUCAUUCACUUUUCCUUAUGGCGUCGCUUCCGGUGAUCCGCUGGACGACAGCGCUAUUCUCUGGACUCAUCCCGUGCCCAAGGAUGCCGACACAGUGGAACCGAUCUGUCUUCGCUAUCAGACGAGCAAAGUCAAGGACAGCUGGCAUGAGAAAGACCUCGUCGACAGCUCGUAUGCGUGGACCACAUCGGACGUUGACUACAGCUUCAAGGUAGAAACGCAGUUGCCCGAGCCAAAGACGCGCUACUACUACCGAUUUUUUGGUUGUCACGACCACAGCCUCGUCUCGCCCACGGGUACCUUCACCACGAUGCCUUCGCCCGACGACGAAACAGUCGGCUCGCUGAAGAUGGCCGUCUUUUCCUGCUCCAACUACCCCUUUGGCUACUUCAACAGCUUUGGGCAGGCCGCAAAGUCAGAUGUUGACCUCGUAGCGCACGUCGGCGACUACAUCUACGAAAGCGCAGGUGACGGCAGCCCAGACGCCUACGGAGAUGGACGCCCGCUCAACCGUGUCCCCCAGCCAAAUCGAGAGAUUGUGACGCUUGAUGACUACCGCCUGCGCUAUGCUACUUACCGAAGUGAUCCGGAUUUGCAGCGCUUGCACCAGAAGAAGCCCUGGCUGCUCAUCUGGGACGACCACGAGGUGGCGGACAAUUCGUGGAAGGCAGGCACAGCCGACUCCAACGACACGGCAGCAGGCACCGUCGAAGGGGUACGCUUUACCGAGCGCAAGAAGAAUGCCGUAAAGGCAUAUUUCGAGUGGAUGCCAAUUCGUCAGGUCGACACAGCAGGUGAUACGCUGCGCAUCUGGCGCAAAUUCCAGUAUGGUAAAUUGGCUGACAUUGCCAUGCUGGACACGCGCAACUAUGACCGAGACAUCACCGAUCUUUACUACAACACGGCCGAGGUCGCCAGUCUGGCCAACGACACGGCUAGAUCGCUGAUGGGCGGCAAGCAAGAACGCUGGCUGUACCACAAUCUCAUCCACUCUCAGAAGCGUGGCGCCACAUGGAAGCUGAUAGGCCAGCAGAUUAUCGUCAACCAUCUUAAUUACGGCGAGGCGGAUUUCCCCGUCGAUUACGAUGCCUGGGACGGCUACGAGGCCAACCGACGGCGGCUCUUUGACACUAUCCGCGCCAACGACAUUCAAAAUGUCAUUCUCCUCUCCGGUGACAGCCAUGCUGCCUGGGUGUACGAUGCCAUCUAUCAGGAGUGGGAGAACCGAACGGACCUGUACGACCCGAGCACCGGCAGAGGUGCCCUUGCUGUCGAAUUUGCCGGCACGGCCGUCUCCUCGCCCAGUUCCUAUGGUGCUAAACUGACGCCUGCCCAAUACGUAGCUCAGGCUGAGAAGCUUGUUUCGAUCAAUCGGAACCUUGCCUUUGCCGAAGGCGGCCACCGGGGCUACUUUACUCUCGAUGUCCGUCCAAACGAGCUCGAUGCCUCCUUCUGGGGUAUUGUUAACAACACGCAGCAGAGUUCUGAUCAGAUUCUUCUGGCCAAGUUCAACGUGCAAAAGGGCGCCAAUCGGCUCACUCGCCCAAUCAAUAAUGGCAAACCAGCGAAGGGCGGUGCUCUCCAGGCGCAGAUCAUUGAUUACUCCAAGCAACAGUGGAAUGGAUCUGGGUUCUCUUAGAGCACCUAUUUUCUGUAAAAUAGUCUGGUCGACAAGUUUAUUACAUCUGAGAUAUGGUCAUAGUUCGAUUGCCAUGACACAUCAACUCAUCAAUGUCG